AUGGGUCCUCUUCGCUGGAAACCGACCCUACCUGUCACCAACAUCAAAGGGCUAGACUUGAUUCUUGGGAGAGACUUUCUCAAGAAGUUCAACUCCGAGAUUAACUGGGUCACCCGCAUGGCGAGCAUCUACAAUCAAGACAUAAGAGUUCCACUUCCGAGUUGGAUCAACACAGGAGAUAUUCCGGAGGAGACUCUCGCACGCUUUGAGAAGGACGUGCAAAGAACCAUGGCAGGGUUCACCGCACUGGUUACAGACGAGGAUGAAGCAGAGAAGAAGGCACCUGAGCUUCCACCUCCUAUCGAGAAACUUCUGGAGGAGUUCAAAGACGUUCUUCCUGACGACCUUCCAGACCAGUUGCCGCCAUACCGAACCCACCAGCACGAGAUCGUCGAAGAACCUGGUUCGAAACCGACCUUCCGAGCACCAUAUCGACCCAGUCCUACCGAAUUAGCUGACAUGAAGAAGCAGAUUGAGUACCUCCUAGAAGAGGGACUCAUUCGACCAUACGGUGCACCAGUGCUCUUCACGCCAAAACCUGACGGAAGCUUACGCAUGUGCAUCGACUACCGAGCUCUCAACAAGCAGACGAUAAAAAAUAAGUAUCCCAUUCCUCGGAUCGAUGACCUGCUUGACCAGCUUCGGGGAGCUUUUAUAUUCUCAAAACUUGAUUUGAGAUCGAGAUAUGGGCAGAUACGGAUGGUGGAAAAUUUUAUCCACAAGACGGCGUUUCGGACACGAUACGGAUCCUACGAGUACCUCGUCAUGCCGUUCGGUCUCACCAACGCAGCCGCUACAUUUCAUGUUGAAAUGAACCAUAUUCUCAAGCCUCUACUCGACGAAUGUGUGGUGUACCUGGACGACAUCUUGAUCUACUCGAAGGAUAUGAAGCAACAUAUCAAACACCUACGACGCGUCUUCGAAAUACUUCGACGGGAGAAGUUUUACGUCAAGCUAUUCAAGAGUGAGUUUUCCUUGAAGAAAGUUCAAUUUCUUGGGCAUUUGGUGAGCGCUCAAGGAGUGCAUGUCGACCCGAAGAAGAUCGAAGCCGUACGUACGUGGAAGACGCCGGAGAACGUUAAGGAACUUCAACAUUUCCUUGGCUUCACGAACUACUACAAUCAGUUUGUGCCACAGUAUGCGAACAUUGCAACACCUCUCACCAACCUUCUGAAGAAGAAUACACCGUACAGGUGGGGGGGUGUGCACCAGCAAGCCAUGGAGCAGUUGAAGACCGCACUCACGCCCACACCCGUCGUGAUCCUACCAGAUCCAGAAAAAGACUUCGUUAUCAAAGCUGACGCUAGCGACCAAGCAGUUGGAGCAAUGACAAUCAGGUGGAUCAACUUCCUCAAGACGCACUUCGACUACGACAUCGUGUACAAGCCGGGACACAAGAAUAAGGCAGACGCACUGAGCCGGCCUGGACACGUUGCCGCCAUGCAGGUUGAGGGGAUGAAUCCGCCACUUAAGGGACUCUUUACAUACGGGUACUCUUUUGACCCCGAGAUUCCCUUGGCAGAGAAGAAGAAAUUGCUGCAGUGGGACCACGACAUCGCACUACGCAAAGGAUCAACAAAGAUAUGGGUACCCAACUACCCACCUCUUCGGCAGUUGCUUCUCGAGGAGUUCCACGAUGUGCUCUACGCUGGACACUUCGGGAGUAACAAGACCCUUGCUGGGAUUGCGAAAGUCUACUACUGGCCUCACAUGGCAGACGACAUGCAGAAGUUUGUCACUUCGUACGACACGUGCCAACCGAUGAAGAGCAGUAAGCGGAAGAAAGCAGCACUUUUUCAGCCUCUGCCCGUCCCGGAACAGCCUUGGCAAGUGGUCAGCUUGGACUUCAUCACUGGGUUACCACCUACCAAAGCGGGACAUGACGCCAUCCUGGUCGUCAUCGACAAAUUCUCAAAGAUGGGACACUUCAUUCCGACACAUACAACCGCACGCACGGAGGAAACGGCACAGCUGUUCGUCAAGCACAUCAUCUCACAGCACGGGACCCCGACAACCCUUAUAUCCGAGACAGGGACCCCAAGUUUAUGUUAUAGUCACAAUAGGCUCCAAUAG